GACGGUUUAAAAGUCACAUGAUGAGAAGAAGAUGACAGCUGAACGGUUGUUGACAUUUGGGGCUGUCGUUUUUGUAUUAUUUGAUGGAAACCUUGUUUGUCACGCCACUGAAUCACAGGUAGGCCUAUGUCUCAUGUGCGACGGCACAGUGUUGAAUGGUAGUGCUGUUUGGAAUUUUUGCACAUCAUCUGCUGGUGAGAUUAAUGGACGAUGCUGUUUACAAAAGGACAACACUAGCGGUGCCGUCUGUAUUACUGGACUAGAUAUAUCACACUGCAAUUUAAGUGUUGUGGAAGAUCUCAGUGAGGCCUCCACAUCGACAAUGAUAGAUCUGUCUUUCAACCCAAUUUCGAACCUGAGCGAUCUGGUGUUCCAAGGCUUCAGCCAGCUGUCCUAUGUAAUACUUCCCUCAAACCUAACAUGUCCUGGUGGCAAUGCAUCAUGGGAGAAGACAGAGGUCAACAGUGAAUACAGACUAUGUGAGGGACAAAUUAACGCCUGCAAUCAAACCGGGCACAUGUCCUGGGACUGUCCACAAAACUCCCUGUGCUCUCCCUAUGGACCAAGUUUCUUUGCAUGUAGUUGUGCAGAGGAUUUCCAUGGAUACAAGUGCCUGAGAGAGGGUGAAUUUCCCACAGCAAAAGUAUUUGGGAUUCUUGGAGGGUCUACCGUCCUGACGUCCAUUCUGUUAUGGGUUACCCAGAGGAGAAAGGCCAAAGCCAUGUGACUUCAGAGUUUUCAUCAUGAAGCAGCUGUCUACAGACGUCUCCUCAGAUCAUGCUGACGGCUUCUAUAUCGCCAUUUUGAAGAGAACUGACAAUUGUUUUAAACUGACAUGCUAAUAAGGACAAUGACAUUUUUUGAAAA